ACAAGAAGAUUGUUGCUUCAUCCUCAAAAGUCACAAAAAGGAAUGAUGAAAAGAAAAAGUCAAUUGCAGAAAAGAAGAAAAAAACUGAAAAGGGAAAGGUUGAAAGACCACAACGUGAGAAGCAAACAAUUCCUCCUGCUUUCCGAUCUCCUUACUUGGUCAAGUACAAGGAUCUGUUUAAAGAUGAGAAAGCCAUGAACCAAAUUGCAGUAGACUUUGAUCUUGGUGGAAAAUAUGAAAGUGCACUCUUAUACUAUGAUGGCUUGAAUCUCAUCAAUAGAAAUGAAAUGAAAACUCUUGGAGAUGAUGUUGAAGUGACAAAUUGUGUCAUAGAUGGAUGGGCAAGUUUUCUUAAUCAUAAAAAGCCGAGAAACAAGAUUUAUUUCUCAACAAUGCUUCAUGUCUUCUUCCCAGUAUCAACUUCUCAACAUUUUUUUCUGUUGUGCGUCAAUCAUAUAGAAGACAAAAUUCAUAUAAUUGACAAUAGAAAACUACCAAAACAUGUAUCAGUCCAAGCAAAAUAUGAAGAACAACCAAAAAUGAUGUUAAAAGGAUUGGCAGAGUACAUGAAACACCUUGGAUAUGAAGAUGCAAAUAGAAUUGAAGACUACACAGUUGUUUUGGAAAAGAUGAAAUGGUGUAGCAACGAUGACUAUACAAAUUAAGGAGUUUACAUUAUGAAGCAUAUGGAAACCUUCACUGCUGAUCCUAUUGAGAGCUGGAUUUGUGAUUUAAAACCAAACAAUGUGGAACAAAUUAGAAAGCUAAGGCUCCAAUACACAGCAGAACUGAUGUUAUUUGAAGAAAACACUGAAUCAAGAGCAAAUAGAAGGAAAGCUAGAAAGUUUGCAACUUUGUAGUUUCAAAUGUUCAUUUACAACUAUGUAUAUGUUCAUUUCUUA